AUGGAAUUCUUUCUGGAGUUGCUGGACAACUCGGAAAAGUCGCUGAACGACAUGUUUGUGCGCACAUACGGCAAACUGUACACGCACAACUCGGAGAUGUUCGAGGAUCUGUUCUCCGAGCUCAAGCGUUACUACACCGGCGGAAACGUCAACCUGGAGGAAGUGCUGAACGACUUCUGGUCCAGACUUCUGGAGCGCAUGUUCCAGCUGCUCAACUCUCAGUACACCUUCACAGACGACUAUCUGGAGUGCAUCAGCAAAUACACCGACCAGUUAAAGCCCUUCGGAGACGUGCCGCGCAAGCUCAAGGCUCAGGUCACCAAGGCCUUCAUCGCGGCUCGCUCGUUCGUUCAAGGACUCAUGGUGGGUCGGGAAGUGGCCAACAGAGUGGCAAAGGUCAAUAUAUCUCCAGGUUGCAGUAAAGCAUUGACUAAAAUGCUGUACUGUCCGUACUGUGGAGGAAUGCCAGGCCUCAAACCCUGCGCCAACUACUGCCAAAACGUCAUGCGGGGCUGCCUGGCCAACCAAGCGGAUCUGGACCCGGAGUGGAACCUCUUCAUCGAUGCCAUGCUGCUGGUGGCUGAUAGACUGGAAGGGCCCUUUAACAUAGAGACCGUCAUGGAGCCGAUAGAUGUAAAGAUCUCUGAGGCCAUCAUGACCAUGCAGGACAACAGCAUGCAAGUUUCAUCUAAGGUGUUUCAGGGAUGCGGUCAUCCCAAAGCAGCUGGAGUGGGCCGAUCUGCCCGCGGGAUCUCGGAUGUGUUCAACAGUCGCUUUAGACCCUACAGUCCAGAAGAGAGGCCGACCACGGCAGCCGGCACCAGCCUGGACAGACUGAGGAUUGUCUGGAGGACGAUGCAACACAGCGUGAUCGACAUUAAGGAGAAGCUGAAGGAGUCGAAGAAAUUCUGGUCGUCGCUGCCAGACAGCAUCUGUGCAGAGGACGAAGUGACUGACCCAGAUGAGGAGCAGUGCUGGAACAGUCACACAAAGGGAAGAUAUUUCCCUGAGGUUGUAAAAGACGGUCUCACGAACCAGCUCAAUAACCCAGAGGUGGAAGUGGACAUCACGAGACCGGACACCUUCAUCAGACAGCAGAUCAUGACCCUGCGAGUGAUGACCAACAAGCUGCGAAACGCCUACAACGGCAAAGACGUCUACUUCCAGGACUCCAGUGAUGAGGAGAGUGGCUCGGGCAGCGGAAGCGGCUUCACCACAGAGCCGGAAGUGGUCCAUACGGAGCCACCGAUGCAGGAAGCAGACAAAAGCGACCCUCAGCCACCAGCAGACGUGGCGGGCCCUCAGCAGACGCCUUCGCUGCAGUUACUAUCCGCUGUAACGGCCCUCACCUGGCUGCUGCUGCUGCUGCGGUGGAGAUAAUGGCAGUAAGCGGCACGCAGCCACACGGACGCUUCAGACAGACUCGCGCUGUUAGCCUUUCCCUAACUGGACCGGACAUUUUCCAAAAAAAUAGCAAGAAAAAGCCCAUGAAAAAAAAGAGAGCAAGCUAGCUAGACAUGAGGAGGAAACCUUUGCAUCCUGCUUGUUCCAAAGAAUGCUUGGUGCAAUCAGAAGCCAACUGCUCUCAUUUCUAAAUGAUGUUAAAAGAAAAGCAAACUUUUCGGAUGAAAAGUGAUCGCCGUGCAAAUGGGAUCGCUUUACUUUUUCGGGAAAGAAUGGGAAAAUAUGAAAAUCUAUUUUUGUUUUCCUUUUAUACUGCAUAAAAUGAGACGACAAAAUACGCUUUUUUUUUUUAGUGUUUCGCCCCUCCCGAGUUCAUUGUGCGAUAAAAAGCAGACGUUAUAAAGAAAAAAGUAAGAAUAAAAAUCUAUAUAAAUCAACUUGUUAUGUACCACUGUGAGAAUGCAUGGGGAGGUCAUGAGUAAAUGUUUUUAACUGUGAUUUUCACACAAUUUUAAUGCUUUUACUCUUUUUUUUUUUUUUUCUUUCUUUCGUUGAAGUGUUUUUGUUGUUAUUUUGCUAGGCUGAUGGCGAUUUAAGGUCAUUUUAGAGGACUUCAGAUGGUGAGCGUGAAGGUCGAGUUUUACCGAGGGCUGCUCCUGCUUAAUUCAAAAUUAAUGAUCCAUAUCUUAAUAUAUAAAGGUUUUAGUU